ACACACACACCCUGUUCGCAACAGCCCGGCUACAAUAAGUUGGUUUACUUCAGAGUCGGCUGCCUAUAGACUCAGCCAUGAUUUUAUAUUCCUUGUAUGAGUGCCUGGAUUUUAAAAGCUGCUUGUUUUUAAUUUGUUUAUUGCUGCUGGUUAUAGAUUUGAUAAAACAUAAAAAUCCAGCAAAUUUUCCACCAGGACCCUGGCCGCUACCUAUCCUAGGAAAUGUCUUCACUGAUGUUAACUAUAAAACUGUGGACCAGCUGAUUGAGAAGUAUGGGAACAUCUUCAGUGUCAGAAAUGGAAGUGAUAAAAUAGUGUAUGUGUCUGGGUUUAAAAUGGUGAAGGAUGUUUUGAUCACUCAAGGGGAAACCUUCACUGACCGCCCUGUUUCACCUUUGUUCGACACACUUUAUAAAGGCCGAGGGUUGUCCUUUAACAAUGGCUAUUCAUGGAGGAAACAACAGCAGUUUUCCAUGAGUCACCUGAAGAACUUUGGAGAGGGAAGGAAGACUCUAGAAGAAUAUGUUCAACGAGAGUGCUACUUCCUUGGUGGAGCCUUUAAGGAAGAGCAGGGCUGCCCAUUUAACCCUCUGGUAAAAAUCAACAAUGCAGUGGCUAAUGUUAUUGGUAGCCUGGUGUUCGGCCAUCGAUAUGAGUAUGAUGAUGUUGAUUUCCAGAAGCGUCUACAAAUGAGCGCAGAGUCAGUGUUUCUUACCGGAUCUGUGUGGAACCAGCUGUAUGAUGCCUUCCCUGGUAUAAUGAAAUGGUUGCCAGGACCUCAUCAGACAAUAAUCUCAAACUAUCAAGAAUUAGCAAAGUUCUUAAAAGGAAAGGUAGAGCAACACAGAGAAGACUGGGACAGCAACAAUCCGAGAGAUUAUAUUGAUGCCUACCUGACAGAAGCAGAGAAGAAGAAUGACACCGAAGCAGGGUUUACAAUUGACAGUCUGGUUUGGUGCAUGGUAGAUUUGUUCGAGGGCGGAACUGAAACAACGACCAACACACUCCGAUGGGCUCUGCUUUACAUGAUCAAGUACCCUGAUAUUCAAGAGAAGGUCCGGGCAGAGGUUGACCAGGUGAUUGGCUCCCGUCCACCGACUAUGUCCGAUAAGGCAAACAUGCAUUACACCAAUGCUUUCAUUCAUGAGGUUCUCAGAAAAGCAAACCUUGUGCCUCUAAAUAUGGCUAGAACUGCGAGAAAGAACACAACUCUGGGAGGAUAUUUUAUACCAAAGGGGACUGUGAUGAUCACUAAUCUGACAUCAGUGCUGUAUGACAAAAAUGAAUGGGAAACACCAGACACCUUUAACCCCGGACACUUUCUUGACUCUGAGGGCCAGUUCUGCAGGAGAAACGCCUUCUUCGCCUUCUCAGCAGGCAAAAGGCAGUGUCCAGGAGAGCACCUGGCUCACAUGGAGCUGUUUAUCUUUCUCACCAUCUUCCUGCAGAGCUUCAGUUUCACCCCUCCUCCUGGUGUGGAGCCCAGUCUGGAGAGUCAGGUGGGCUUCACACAAGCCCCUCUACCAUACAAGCUCUGCGCUCAUCCGAGAUAAAUGGUGCCAAAUCUUGCGGUUUGAAGUGUUCGCAGUGUAGCAACUUAUAUGCAAGAAAUGUCAACCACAGCUUCAUUUUGUUCACUGUUACACUUUGGGACUUUUUUUUUUCUAAAUAUGCAAACUAAUACAUAUGUGACCCUGGACCACAAAACCAAUCUAAGUAGCACGGGUAUAUUUGUUGCAAUAACCAAAAAUACAUUAUAUGGGACAAAAUUAUUGAUUUUUCUUUUAUGCUAAAAAUAAUUAGGAUAUUAAGUAAAGAUCAUGUUCUGUGAAGAUAUUUUGUAAAUAUAUCAAAACUUAAUUUUUGAUUAGUAAUAUAUGUACAUUGCUAAGAACUUCAACUUGUACAACUGGACAACUUCAAAGAAAAUUUUCUCAAUAUUUAGAUUUGUUUACACCCUCAGACUCCAGAUUGUCAAAUAGUUGUAUCUCGGCCAAAUAUUAUCCUAUUCUAACAAACCAUACACUUAUUUAUUCAGCUUUUAGGUGAUGUAUAAAUCUCAAUUUCAAAACACUGACUCUUAUGACUAGUUUUAUGGUCCAUGCUCACAUAGAUUUACAAAAUCCAUUUAAUGUACAUUUACAAAAUGUACAUCAUGCUUGAGAAUUCCAAAUACUAGACUGUUUUUGUUGCUGUUGUUUUUUUUAGUAUUUUGCCAUAAUACCCCACCAUUACAUAGAUUAUGAUCAGUACUUUAAAAACAGGAAAUGUGCUUUGGCCUUAAACACUUGCAUUCAGUCUACACAUAGAAAGAAUUUGUUCUGUCUGAAAAGAGAACAUUUGUUACAAUAUGGGAACCCUUUUAGAACCUCUGUUCAGCUCUCUAUGCAUUAUUACUUUCCUUCCUACAACAUCUAUUGAUUAUGCUUAACUUUAUGAAUAUGUGCUUGCCAUCCUUCUCACCAUUUAGUACUUACCUUUUGAGAUCCAGCUUUUCACACUGAGAACAACUAAGGGACUCAUAUGCAACUAUUACAGAAAGUUCAAACACUUUUUCCACAUUCUCCAGGAGGAAAAAUGAUGCAUUAGGAGAUCAGGGUAAAUUUAACUUAUUUUGUCUUCUGGGAAACAUACAAGUAUCUUCUGUAGUUUCUGAAGGUAAGUAUUAAAUGAAAAAAGAUAUUUAGGCAAAAUAGGAAAAAUGUACACAUCUUCAUUCUUUUCAAAAGUUUUCACCCCCAGCUCUUAAUGCAUUGUGUUUCCUUCUAAAGCAUCAGUAAAUGUUUGAACCUUCUGUAAUAGUUGCAUAUAAGUCCCUCAGUUGUCUUUUAGUGUGAAAAGAUGGAUCUCAAAAUCAUACAGUCAUUGUUGGAAAGGGUCCAAAUACACAACAUCUAUAGUUCCCAUUUUUUUAUGGGUACAUUCCACAGGCUUGUUUCCUCAUGGGGACCAAAAAAUGUCCCCACAAGGUCAGAAUUUAUUGGUAUUACUACAUAAUGUAGAAAUUCCAGGUACACACAGCUGUGUUUCUAUCAUUUUAUUAUUUAUCUUUACCCUGUCUAUCUGUAUUGAAAAAUUGAGUCAUGUACCUUUGUGAUUUAGAAAUCUUAUCUUAUUUUUAAACCUAGACAUGUAACCUUUCCCUGAGUGACAAUUAGUUCACUGUAUUGAUUGAUUUAAAAGCUAUAGACAUACAUUUAAUCUACACUCUUAGAAAAAAAAUGGGGCGAUACCUUUUAAAGGGCACUAAUAUACACUCUAGGUACUAAUAUGUACUUUUAAAGCACUAAUAUGUACUUUUAAGGUACUAAUAUGUAUGGGGAAAAUAAUUUACAAAAAAUGUAUGUUUUAUCUUUUGUGCCUUUGGGUACUGCCCCAGUUUUGUAUGGAAAGAGUUUUGGACAGACCAGUCCAGGUUAU